AUGGAGGAGGUCGGCUUUGUCGAUGUGACCAUCGUUCCGUUCAAGUGGCCUAUCGGCCCAUGGGCGAAGGACCCGCACUACAAGGAGCUAGGGUCAUGGGCCCUCGAGAACUCAUUUGAGGGCCUUGAGGCCUGGAGCAUGGCUGCCUUCACCAGGGCUCUUGGAUGGACUCCUGAACAGGUACAAGUCUAUCUUGUCGACGUGCGGAAAGAGUUGAAGGACAAGAGCAUACACCAUUACUGUCCUCUUUGGGUGAUCUUCGGGAAAAGGCCACUGGAGGAAGCCGAGUGA